UAUGGACAUGCAGCAGAGGAGGAGACGUCUCACCUCGCGAGCUGUCCCGCACCGCGUGCUGUCUGGUCUUUAUACUUAAGAACCCAUUUAGCAUGUCCAUUUUGCCAACUCUGGUUGAACCCUCCAUUCAGUUAAUCGAAUCUCACUGUGCGCUCGUGGCGUUUGAGUUUGUUUGUUUUAUUCCAUUGGUGUGGGGUCGGUCGGUGCGUUGUUAUCAGUAUGAGAGCAAAGGGGUUAAAGCCGGGCGUCCUCCUGUUGAUGGGUAUUGGGCUCAUCGUCUACGUGACCGUGUCUCUAAAGAGUGGAUAUGAGCAUCCAGCGGGGACUAACACGGAGAUGGACCCACCGCGUGUGAUCAAGAGUCUUUCUGACCUGGAGAUGAGCAUCAGCAAUGUCUAUGACAUACUGAGAGCUUUUGAGAAAAAGCAGGACACCAUGCAUAAAAUGCUCGAACAGAACACAGAGAGAGGAAGAAAAGCUGCAGAGGUCGAACAGCCACCUGUCAAAAAACAGCCAGAGCAGAAAGAGCAACCGGAAGCAAAGGUCGUGGACCAAAAGGAGGCCCCCAAAGACAAAAAGUCUAAGAAACUGUUCCCCGACUCUGCCCUCUUCAAGAAGUGGGGGGGGAAUCUUUCUGAGGAUGACCAAAGAGAGGCACAGAGUUUGUUUGAGAAGUACGGAUACAACGUUUUUGUCAGCGAUCGCCUUCCUCUUGACCGAGCUCUACCAGAUACUAGGGAUGAAAGGUGUCUGAAAAAGAGUUACCCAAAGGACCUCCCAAGCAUCGGAGUGGUGUUGAUCUACCUCAAUGAGGCCCUGUCCAUCAUCAAAAGAGCUAUGCGCAGCAUCAUCGACCGCACCCCUAAGAACCUGCUGAAGGAGAUCAUUCUGGUGGAUGACAAUAGCUCAAGUGAGGACCUGAAAGGGGAUCUUGACACGUAUGUGAAGUCACUUGAGCAGCAGAACCCAAGUCUCCGUAUUACGAGAGUGAGGCACAAUGAGCAGCGAGGCCUUUCAUACGCCAGGACUUCUGGGUGGAGGGUUGCUACUGCGGACGUGGUGGCCAUCCUGGACGCACACAUUGAAGUCCAUGACUUCUGGGCUGAACCCCUGCUGACGCAGAUCAAAGGUGACCGAACGGUGGUGACGUCCCCUGUGUUUGACAAAGUCAACUUUGAUGACCUCACAGUUACUCCAUACCAACCAGCAGCACACGCCUUCGACUGGGCUUUAUGGUGCAUGUAUGAGAGUUUUUCAGACGAGUAUUACAAACUCAAGGAUGGCUCACUGCCUGGAAAAAGUCCAUCUGUCAUGGGGAUCCUAGUUGCUGACAGGCGGUAUCUAGGAGAAAUUGGAGUCCUCGAUGAAGGAAUGAAAGUGUACGGUGGAGAAAAUGUUGAGCUGGGAAUUCGUGUGUGGACAUGUGGAGGCAGUAUUGAAGUAGUGCCGUGCUCUAGGAUCGCCCACAUUGAGAGAGCCCACAAGCCCUACAUGCCUGACCUGAGCAUAGCCAUGAAGAGAAACGCCCUGAGAGUAGCAGAAGUCUGGAUGGAUGAAUACAAAUACAACAUCAACUUGGCUUGGAACUUGCCAUUUGAGAAUCACGGAAUUGACAUUGGGAAUAUCACAGAGAGGAAAGAACUCAGGAAAAGGUUGAACUGUAAACCUUUCAAAUGGUACCUGGAAAAUGUGUAUCCCAAGUUGGAUCCCUUGACCAACCUAGUUGCCUAUGGAGGAAUGACGAAUCUUGAUGCCAAGUUGUGCAUAGACCAAGGCCCGGUGCCGGGUCACACACCCAUCGCCUUCCCUUGCCACUACUAUGGACCUCAAAUGACUUAUUAUCGCUCAAACGGUGAGCUCUACAUCGGCGGCAUCAAGUCCCACAAGUACAAUGACAACCGGUGUAUAACUGACAUUGGGAAUAAAGAAACAGAACCUGGCCUUUACAACUGCAAAGAAGCGAUGCAGAAAAAAAUGGGAAUUUACUGGGACUUCACUCAGGGCAAAGAAUUGAAGAACAGGGAGACAAAAAGAUGUCUGGAGAUUCAAGAAGGGAAACUUUUAAUACAGGAAUGCUCUGGCCAAAGAUGGGAAGUUCAACACAUAAUCAAAGCCUUUUAGUGUGUGUGGGUAUUUAUUUAGAGAUAUCUUAUGUGAAAUGUAUUGACGUUGCCGUUAAAGACUGAAUUUUGGAUUCUUACGACUAGAUGUUAAGUCUGCAAGUAGUUAUUAUUAUUAUUAUUAUUAAUCUGGCUUUUUUUUUUUUGUUGAUCAUAGUAACCUGAGGGGGUAAAAUUGCUUUUUGGACGAAGGGACUUUCAAAAUGUAUCGUGGUUUUCAACGUACUAUUUUAAUAAAGUUAAAAUCAUUCAUUUAAAUUUAAGUAAAAAGGAAAAAUAGGACUGCACUCCAAUUUGACUUUUCAAUAUUACCACAUGGACAUAUUCUGCCAUUGCUACGAUGAAAUGUAACUGGGUUUUAGUUCUAUAACAAUUGGCCAAUUAUUACAAAUGCAACAUGAGGAAGGAUUCUUAUGCAAUACGUUGUGCUGUGGGGUGAACAUCAGGUCUGAAAAUAUAAAUGUUUUUCUACUUUAUCGUGCAUUAUCAGAGAAAAUCGAAUACAAAAUAUAAGGUGACGCAAAAAUGAAUGUGAAGGACAAUGCAGGUUAAAAACAGUAAGAAAAAUAUGAAAGGGCUCACAAAUGGGUAAACAUCAGUAUGCAUGAAGUGAAUGUCAAUAGAACAGUUUAUGAUGGAAAGAUAACAAACUCCUUUUACAAAGACUCCUUCAUGACUGAGUUCCCAACAGGGUUAAAUCUAU